AUGCAUGAUGGCUUAAUCUCUCGUAAGAAAAGGUACCUCCGCUUUGCCCUCCUGCGUUACUCGCAGUGUCUCGCCAUGGAGGAGCUACUGAUACCCGCAGAUGUCGAGGACGCGCCGCCCGAGUCUGCAACCUUCUUCUCUCCGGCGGGACCUGCUAAAACCCCGCUGGAGAGAAUGAAGGACUGCAUGGCCAGCACAUUCUCAGUCAAUGUCAGGGAGUAUGUGAAGGACUACAUAAGGCGAAACGGGCUGCUGACGCUCUCGGUACUAGCUGUAAUCACAGGAUGCGUCCUGGGCUUCAUGCUGAGGGGCCUGGCUCUCUCCACACAGGCAAAAAUCUAUUUUUCCUUCCCUGGUGAGCUGCUCAUGCGGAUACUUAAAAUGUUGAUCCUCCCCCUAAUCACCUCCAGUUUAAUGUCUGGACUGUCAUCAAUGGAGUCAAAGGCCUGCUGCAGGAUGGGGGUGCUAACAGUCACCUACUACCUUUGGACCACGUUCAUCGCUGUAGUGGUUGGCAUUGUACUUGUUCUAAUCAUCAAACCUGGCUAUGGGACAGACGUGGAGAGCAACAGACUGGGAGGUGGACAGGUCAUUACAUCUGCUGAUGCCCUGCUUGAUCUGGUCAGGAAUAUGAUCCCCUCUAAUCUCAUUGAAGCCACAUUCCAGCAGUAUAAGACAGACCUUAUUCCCAUUAUAAAAACACCAGUGAACACUGGACGCCCAAAUUUUGUUUACUUGAUGCCUGAUGAUGACAACCCAAAGGGUCGAACGGUGCUGUUGGAACUCACGCCACCUCCAGACAUCGAGUAUAAGACCCGUCCAGGCAGCAGUCAGCAGAUGAAUGUACUCGGCAUUGUUAUUUUCUCAGCCACAAUGGGUCUCUUACUUGGUAAAAUGGGCGAACGGGGAGCUCCUCUGGUGAACGUUUGCCAGUGCAUCAAUGAAUGUGUGAUGAAGAUCAUUAAUGCGGCCGUAUGGUAUUUUCCUUUUGGGAUCAUCUUCCUCGUGGCUGGCAAAAUCCUGGACAUGAGCGACCCCUCCACACUUGGGAAGAAGCUAGGCUGGUACGGGGUGACGGUCCUUGCAGGCCUGUUUGUGCACGGCCUCAUCUUGCUUCCAUUCUUCUAUUUCAUUCUGACACGGAAAAAUCCUUUCACAUACAUCAGAGGGCUUCUGCAAGCCAUGGUCAUUGCCCUAGCCACGUCAUCCAGCUCAGCAACAUUGCCCAUUACAAUGAAAUGUUUGCUGGAGAACUGCCGAGUGGACAGGCAGAUUGCCCGGUUUGUUCUGCCAGUGGGAGCCACUAUUAACAUGGAUGGAACAGCGCUUUAUGAAGCAGUUGCUGCUAUUUUCAUUGCCCAGGUCAAUGAGUAUGAACUGGAUUUCGGACAGCUGGUCACCAUCAGUAUAACAGCGACCGCUGCCAGUAUAGGUGCUGCUGGAAUCCCUCAGGCAGGCCUUGUAACCAUGGUGAUAGUGUUGACAUCUGUUGGAUUGCCACCGGAUGACAUUACGCUGAUUGUGGCCAUUGAUUGGAUCUUAGAUCGCUUUCGAACAAUGAUCAACGUACUAGGAGAUGCUCUGGCAGCUGGAAUCAUUGGCCACUUGUGUCGAAAAGACUUUCCACCUGACAGAGCGGCAAAAGCAAAUGGAGCUGCACAGGACACCCAAACUGCUCAUAAAAUGGAGAAUGUGCCUUUGACUGAAGUACCACUGCUGGCCGGCAAAGACUGUAUAUUUGAGGUGGUUGGGGACACUGUUUUUGAACGACCCACAGUCUACUACAAUAUAUGUCAAGUCUGAAUCACUAUAUGGUUGCCUUACAGAUAUCAAAAAACCUCUUUUGAAGCUAUGUUUCUAUCACUGUGCCAUAAAGAAGUACUG